ACUAACCGGAAGUGUUCGAUGCUAAAAACACUUUCUGCUUAGCCCUCAAGCUAAUGUCAGCGUAAGCUCUCGCAUAGCGUUAAUAAAAAUAUAUUUUUUUAAGUAUUUCACGUUGCGUCCGAAAGCAGCAAAGAGGAGAGAUGAUUAAGGCUAUAUUAAUUUUCAACAACCACGGAAAGCCGCGGCUCAUCAGGUUCUACCAGUAUUUUGCAGAGGACAUGCAGCAGCAGAUCAUUCGUGAGACUUUCCAUUUGGUGUCAAAGAGAGACGACAAUGUUUGUAACUUCUUGGAGGGUGGAAGUCUCAUCGGCGGUUCUGACUACAAGCUGAUCUACCGACAUUACGCCACCCUCUACUUUGUCUUCUGUGUGGACUCCUCCGAGAGCGAGCUCGGCAUUCUGGACCUAAUCCAGGUGUUUGUGGAAACGCUGGAUAAAUGCUUUGAGAACGUCUGUGAGCUGGACCUAAUAUUCCACAUGGACAAGGUCCACUACAUCUUGCAGGAGGUGGUGAUGGGCGGCAUGGUGCUGGAGACCAACAUGAACGAGAUCGUGGCUCAGGUGGAGGUGCAGAACCGCAUGGAGAAGUCAGAGGGAGGCCUGUCGGCGGCACCCGCUCGCGCCGUCUCAGCCGUGAAGAAUAUGAACCUGCCCGAAAUUCCGCGCAACAUCAACAUCGGAGACAUCAACAUCAAAGUACCGAGCCUCUCCCCGUUCUGAGCGCCGUCCCCCCCCCCGUGGAGCAGGGAAUUGGGUGGGUUGCCUGCCUGCCUGCUACCAAAAGCGUCCUCCUCCUCUCUCCUUGCCACCACCACCACCGCCGCCGCACUUGAACUUUCCAAACCACGCAUGCGGCAUAGACGCUGUGAGUUGUUUAAGUGGCGUUUUUUUUCCCCAUCUUAACUGAAUUUGCA